AUGUCGCAGAGACCUCUGCGCCCGGUCUCACGGUCCGAAGAUGUGCCUCAGUCUGAUGCUGAGCGUGCCGGGCCGGUAGGCAAGGCAUCACGAAGGCCGCCUCUGCGCGCUCGUCCCCAGUCCUGGCAUCCAUAUGGUCCUGUUGAACCGCCGCUGGAGUCUUCAAACCACCUGCGUCCUAUUGGCGUCCAUGCGAUCUUGAAUCAUCCCGAGCAGGCCACCCCAGAGGAGGGUUCCGACGGCCGUCGGGGGUCCUUGGGAUUGCCGGCACCGUCUUCUUCCUCUCCUCGUUCGCGUCAGGGCUCUUUACCCACAGCUCGACCGGUGCAUCCUCUCGCCCAACAGCAGCAGCCAUUGUCUCCCGGCAUGCAGCCACAUUACAGGUUGACUCCGGAGUCACCAUCGGCUCGGUUUGUAGGCGGAGCCGCCAGAAACUCUGGUCCAUCCAGCGUCGUUCAGUCACCGUUAAUCUCGGUCUCUCAAGAACCUUCCAGGCAACUGGCCUCUACCUCACCAUUACCCUUGGAUUCCAUGCUCAGACCCAUCGCCACAUUACCCCCAGUUUCCACUUCGCUGCACUCAACCCCGACCAUGCACUCGCGGCGGACCAGCACCGGCCCAAGCCCGCUCACCACCCCAAACUCCCAGGAAACGAGUCCAACAACAUCGCACUCCACGUCCGGGCCGUUCUCGCGCGCCUCUCCCGCGAUUGCUCCCGUCCCCUUCCCUUCCAACGUAGCCGCCUAUUCGGCUGCACCGCCGUAUGGCCCAGCCGACCCCAUGAACAGAACGGCUGGCCCACGAGCUGCCGAUGAAGGAGGUGCGGGACUGGGGCUGACCGCACAGAGCACACAGUCCAUGGGCGGCGGCGGAGUGUUGAUUCCGUGCGUUUUGGAUCUGAAGUCCGGGUCGUCCACCCAGGCCGAGAAGCGCAAGGCCAACAGCGACGCAUCGAGGCGGUUUCGUACUCGCAAGCGAAACGAGAUGCAGCUUGAACUGCGUAUCACCGCGCAGGAGGAAGAGAUCCAGAAGAGUGGUGCGAUCAUACGCCGCCAAACGGAGGAGAUUCGUGCCCUGAUGCGGCAGCGAGACCAUUAUCGGUCUGAGCGAGACUUCUUUCGUGACCAUCUCGGCCUUUCGGGUUCCUUGAGCCAACUGUCCGCCCGGCCGGCCUCCCCCCCUCCGCCCACACCUGCUCCUGCUGCUGUUGCCGUCGCACCAAUGGAAGGAGGAACGACACCGGGAGGAGACAUCUCACGACCUGCAUCCACUUCGCAGCCUAGCUCUGCUGGACCGGUUCCAUCAGCGCAUCUGCCCGAUCCCGCCCGUCCCCCGGCCAGCUGGGUGGGCAGUCCGGCGCCAUACUCGCCUGCACCACCGACACACCGGGGUAUUGCGCCCGCUGGACCGCCUCCCGUGACUGGAGGGACUCUGCCUCCACUGAAGGGGGCGUGGCGACAAUAA